UGUAUGUUCACUGCAGACCUGUCACACUUCAACACGGAUUAAAGUCGCGAAAGCUCAUCUGGUUUUUGGGGCGAAAAAAGUUACGGGAGAUGCUGCUGGCAGUGCGCGUUCAUGUGACUCCCGUAUCCGUCAGAUGAGAGAUGCGGGACGGACUUAUCGCUGUUUGCACAGAGAUCUCGUUUCACUUUCCAAUGAUGUGUCGCCGUCCAUUUGGCUCGUGUGUGUUUGUUAUGAUUUGGUCGAGACGCGAUGCCUCAUGCGAGAAGGCAACCUGUACUAAAUAAGGAGACAGAUAAGAGAGGAGUGACCUGUUCUUCAAGCUGUGAAAAGAGUUCAUCCAAAUAAUGACAGCCCAUCCAAUCAAUCAAAACAGUUUCAUUUACAAGACUUAACACAAUUUCAUGGUAACACCCAGUGUUUGGUAAAUUACUCUGAAAAAGUAAUUAAUUACUAGUUACUAAUUACAUACUCAAUAGUGUAAUUAGAUUACUGUACAAAUUACUCUCUCCAAAAAGUAUUUAAUUACUUGUUACUAAUUACUUUCUAUAUCCAACAUCAACCUUGAUUAGUUAGAAUUAGAAGAAUAGACAUGAAACGGCUCUUUUAAUUCAGUCAAAUAAAUAAUAUUAAACUACAUAAAGUAGUCUUAUUAACUGACCAAAGUAUUACAAAUGUGAGAAUUAUACAUUAAAGCACCGAUUCUAAAGUUAGACUUUGAAUUUUUAUGUCAAUUCCACUAUUGCACACACACAUAUUACACAAAGUAUUUAGUUUAAUUACAUCAGAAGUAACUGUACUUAAAUUACAGAAAAAUAAGAGUAAUCCCUUACUUUACUUUUUCAAGGGAAUAGUAAUUAAAUUACAGUAACUAAGUACUUGGUAACUAGUUACACCCAACACUGGUAAAACCUGAACCAUCAUGUAACCACAUUCCCGCAAUUCUUUAUUAUAACAACAGUGAGAAAAGCGGCCCGUUAAUCUUUCAGAAAUGACUGAAAAUCUUUACGAGUCCAGUCAGUUUACUAACCACACCAAUGGGAACUAUUUGUUCCAGCAUAGCCAGAGUGCACCUCACUACAGUGUACCUAACGUACUUCACUCUUCUCCGAUGUCUCCGUGCCUCAAUCACGAGCAUUUGGCAUCUCCCGUCACUCCUGGAAAUGAACUUUCUCCAUUGCUCGAUAUGCCAAACAGCGCCGGGACUUGGGAUUACAGUCAGUUCGGAAGGGGAUCGUCAUGGGGGUCAUCUCAGGACGAACUGUCCGAGAGCGGCGGCGUGUCCCGAAUACACCCUUUCAACAUCAUGUGUCAUAACGAUUCCACCACGACUUCAAAAGACGGCUGCGGUGCUGUGCUUCCUCAAAGGUUGGACUCGUUCUCCAAGGCGUUCCCCUCCAAGAACAUUCACCUUCUCUUUGAAGACAACGACAACAGGACUGUUGAUAAAACCUCAGGAGAUAAUCACAUUUCCAGGGGUUCGACGUUACAGCAAAGCGGCACAUUCGCCGAGGGGUCCGAAAGACAAUCUUUGGGGUCUCCUGUUUUUAAUCCGAUGGCUUUUCAGGGUCAAACGCAAACAAUGAGCGAGUUUCAUUUAUCAGAUCAAAACCCGCUGCACGGUCUUUAUCAAACCCCUCAGCAUUUUCAAUACGGAUGUCAGCAGCACAAACAGACUCACGCAGACUCACAGGCUAACCGGGAUCUUCAUAAGCCACAGAGCCCUUGGCUUCACCAGCACGCCUAUCAAAGUCAUCUACCGCCGUUCCCCAUCAACCUAAACCAACAACAACAGCAGCACCAUUUACAACCCAGAGGAACGGUUGCGCAUAAAACUCACCUGGACUGUCAAGAGGGCCACGAGUCGACUCGAUCUCCAACCUACAGGCAAGACUUCAGAGAGCAGCAGAACUUCCAGGGCGGUCACAGUUUGAGUCUUCAUUCACCUCACUACCAAGACCAGCAAUAUAUUCAUCCGUUUUCCCAUCCGAGCGGCGUCUACCAGCACCAGCAUUCUCAAGAGCACGUUCAGCCCGUCCCUGUAAAGCAAAGCAACGUGUUUCACGACGGCCAUUUGCAGUCGUACGACAAACACUCUGCACCCAACACACCCGUGUUUUCAAGUCCCAAAGACGACACAAGAUCUAGCUUUAACUUCAGCACACAUAGAAGUGAAGAUAUCUGCCUUCCUCAUUUUUCGAACAAGAGUUCAGGCGUUUCACAAUCGAAUAUAUUUCCACAUCUGCCCUCGCAUGCAUCGCAGUGGUCACAGGCAUCUUCACCAGAUAUUCAGAGUGAAAACAUUUCACAUUACAGGGCAGAAAAUGGGCCGGCGAGAGCGGAAGGGUCGCAGGCUCGAAUGAGAUGCACCGUCUGUCAGAGGGAAUUCAAAAGUCUUCCAGCUCUGAACGGACACAUGCGAUCCCACGGAGGAUUUCGGACAAACUCCGCAUCUCUUAAAGCGAAAGAGGGACAGCUUCAUCUGUCGGGUGAUGUUUUUCAAAGCAACCCUAUCAUCUUACCUGUGACAGUUCCUGUGAAGAAUUACCAGACCCCCUCCAAACUUCCCCUCGGUCCUCAGUGUCAUCAGAAAGAUGGUGACCGGAGCCCACAGUCGCCCCUCCCGCCUGUGCGAAACCAGCCUUCCUGUAUAAAGAGGUCAGUCUCAGAUGGAGAAUGUGGAUCUAAACAGGGGAAACAGAGAUACCGUCAGUGUUUGGUCCCUCUGAUGAUUCCUCCGCCCGGCACCGUGCAGGAGUCCAGAGGAGCUGUUCUCUUCAGAAGUCUGCUGAGGACACCCGGCAGCAGGGGGGAUGAUGUACCGUACACCCCCCCACCCAUGCUCAGUCCCGUCCGCCCGGGCUCGGGUCUUUUCAGUGCUGUGUGCGGUGGAACAGAGUCUGACGCUACUGCGCUCCACUGUUCAACAAGUGAUGCAGACAACUGUGCUCUUACUUCAGGGCAGAAAGUCAUAAAUGUAGCACCUCACAUUAAUAUAGGUGAAGAAUUUCAAGCCAAAAUCCCAGAAAUCAGUCAAUCCCUCAUAGAGGAAGAUACCCAUAAUGCAUUUCUCCUGUGGAUGCCCAUCAAUAACCUGAACACCCCUGAUAACCAGCAGAAAGUGGACAACCUGUUAAAAAUGGCUUGUUCUAGUGUUCUGCCGGGAGGGGGAACAAACACUGAAUAUGUCCUACAUUGUCUUUUUGAGUGCAGAGGGGAUCUUAUGAACACCCUCGAGAAACUUCUCUUAUCCUGGAGAAACGCAUGCGGCCCUAAACCAGACUAUCAUUACGCAGGUUCUGAUUCGUGGAGUCCUCAAGAGAAGCGACUUCUGAAUAAAGCACUGUUAACACAUCACAAAGACUUCUAUCUCGUUCAGAAAGUGGUCAAGACGAAGACUGUGGCUCAGUGUGUUGAGUACUACUACACAUGUAAAAAACAGUCGCGUUUGGGUACGAGAGUUAGUUCAGCUUUGAUUACACCUGUUCAAGACCAGCCGGGGGACUGGACCGUAAACCUCACCACAGGAACAGACAGAGAAACCAAGAGCACAGACAACUCCCACACAUCUCUGUUUGUCUGUGAAGUGUCUCAAACAAACGGAAAAACGUUGAUCCAGAACAAUCCUGGCCUACUCUGUAGCUCUCCAGCAGAACACAGAACAUCCACGCUGACUCCUUUGGGUUCUGGUUCCAUACGAAGUUCGCCUUCCAACAGCACCACCAGUGGAGAUACGGAUUUGGCUGUUGUAUUUCCCUGCACCGAGUGCGGAAAGGUGUUUUUUAAGGUCAAAAGUCGAAAUGCCCACAUGAAGACACACAGACAGCAAGAAGACACACACUUGUGGCAGUUUCCCAGGGCCCCCGAGCAAAAUAAAGGGAUGACGUCAUCUGUCUGUCCUGUUACGCCACUAAAACAACCCACAAGUCUUUAUUCCGCUGACAGUGUAACAGAUGCAAACACAUUCUCUUUAAAUGACGUGGAGUCUAUGCAGGAUUACUCUCUAAAGACUGUCCUGCAGAGUCAGUUGGACUUUGUUCCGAGUUAGUGCUCGAGUUGACACAGAUUAACACAAAUAUGAGACUUGUGUAUCAUUGAUAUACUGAAAACGUUUUGAUGUUUAAAUCUUUUAUGAAAUCCUGUAAAUUGUACAAACAUUUUAUUUUUAAUAAACCUACAAGUUCAACACAUUCAUGCACUAAAUGUCUUGCGCUGUGCCCUAAUAAUGACCUCAAAUUGCACUACAGCAUUGUAUAUGCAGGCACGGAAAAAAUGAAGAGACAGUUUCAAAAUGAUUUCGAGUUUUUCUUAAUUUACUAUUAAAUUUGAGGUGAAAUGAUCAUUUUUGUUUCUUUUUGUGAACUAUUAACAAUGUUUCUCCCAAAUCUCAAAUAAAAAUAUUGUUUCUAUUUGCAGAAAAAAACGGGUGAAAAUAACAGAAAAGAUGCUCUGUAUUUUUCAGACCUCAAAUACUGCAAAGAAAACAAGUUCAUAUUCACUUUUAAGCAACACAAC